UUCCGUCCGUUCUUACAGGUCAAUCUCAACAACCAAGUCAAUAUGUCUUUUAGAGGAGGAGGUCGCGGUGGCUUUGCCACUGGUGCCAAUCGCGGAGGUUCCUUCGGUGGCCGUGGUGGCCGCGGAGGCUUCCAGCAGCCAAUGGGACCACCAGCACAAGUUCUGGAGAUGGGAUCUUUCAUGCAUGCCUGUGAGGGCGAGAUGGUCUGCGAGUCGAUCAACCCGAAGAUUCCUUAUUUCAAUGCCCCUAUCUACCUGGAGAACAAAACUCCUAUCGGAAAGGUUGACGAAGUUCUUGGCCCUAUCAACCAGGUCUACUUCACCAUCAAGCCUCAGGAAGGAAUUGUCGCAACUUCUUUCAAGCCUGGUGACAAGGUCUACAUCGGUGGGGAUAAGCUCCUGCCAUUGGAGAAGUAUGGAUUACUCCUCUACGUGUACGUUGCGAACAGGGCUGACUUGAUGAUCAUAGGUUUCUUCCUAAGCCUAAGCCGCCACCGGGUGCUGCUAAGCCUAAGAGAGCUGGAGGUGCUACCAGGGGUGGUCCUCGCGGUGGUAGAGGAGGCCCUCGUGGUGGAGCGAGAGGUGGACGCGGCGGAUUUGGCGCCCCUAGAGGCGGAGGCGGCUUCCGCGGUGGAGCGAGAGGAGGUGGAGGCUUCCGUGGUGGAAGCGGUGGCUUCUCCAGGGGAGGCGGCAGAGGAGGACCUCGUGGUGGAGGUUUCCGACGUUAGACAGUCUCCGUCUUGCUUAGCACUGUCUUAUUACGGCGUUAUGGGAAAACGGGAGCUUUUGCAGGAACUUUUUGUGUCAAUUUUUCUGUGCAUCCUAGACUUCGAAUUGAGCAUGUCUCGUAGAUCAUCGGCCAUGCCGUCGAAUACAUCUACGAAUAGCGGUGUCCCGCCUGCCGGUGACGGAGGUCAGGAAAAGCAGAAGAUGCUUUUGUCGGCGGAAACAGGGCACUUCAGCUUGGUCAGGGCUUUGCAUCUUGCAGAUCUAGUAACUGAGCUUAACGUUAUGUCCGUCCUCUCGUCUAUGCGUUACUGUCUAGGAGACCCUCAUGAAUAUGGUGCCAUCUGGUCUGCGCUUGGAUUUAUGCCUUUCGGACUUUUCUUUGAUUUCAUGGAUGGAAAGAUUGCAAGGUGGAGGAACAAGUCAUCGCUCAUGGGACAAGAGCUCGAUUCAUUGGCAGAUCUGAUUUCUUUUGGUAUGGCACCGGCCGCGGCAGCCUUCGCUCUUGGAGUCCGCACAAAUGUCGACCACCUCCUCCUAGCCUUCUUCGUCCUUUGUGGCCUGACACGGCUAGCCCGGUUCAACGUGACGGUUGCCGUACUUCCCAAGGACAAGACUGGAAAGUCUAAGUAUUUCGAGGGCACGCCAAUUCCCACCACACUGUCCAUUGCUGCGCUCAUGGGUUACUGGGUUUCUCAGGGAUGGAUUCAAGAAGAUCUCCCACUAGGCGUUAUUGCGCAGGGCACAGCCCUUGAAUUCCACCCUGUGGCAUUGUUGUUCGUCCUGCAUGGCUGUCUGAUGGUCAGCAAGUCUAUACAUAUUCCCAAACCCUGA